GACAUGCCAGUGCUGACAAGAGAUCAAAAAAGCAACAUGAAGUUGUGGUUUUGCACCUUUCUCCUCCUUGUCCAGUUUGAGCUGCACAUGGUGUCAGCCAUGUUGCCACCGAACCCUGUCAAAGAUUUAGUUAAGCCUCUAGGAGCACCGUCGAUCUUGUCUCCUCGAGAUUACCUGUCUCUUAGCUACUAUCAUAAAACUUGCCCUGCUGCUGAAGAAAUAAUUCACCGAAAAAUGAAAGCUUGGUUCCUAAAGGAUUACACAUUGGCAGCUAGCAUCAUUCGCUUGCACUUCCAUGAUUGCGCUAUUAGGGGAUGUGAUGCUUCUAUCUUGUUGAACCAUCGAAAUAGUGAAAGGAGAGCUUAUGCUAGCAAGACACUGAGAGGUUUCCAAGUGAUUGAUGAAAUUAAAGCAGAGCUUGAGAGGAAGUGUCCAAAAACUGUCUCAUGCGCGGACAUUCUCACAGCUGCGGCUAGAGAUGCCACUCUUCUGCUUGGAGGUCCAUUCUGGGAAGUCCCAUUUGGGCGUAAAGAUGGAAAAACUUCCAUUGCCAAAGAGGCUGACCUUGUUCCUCAGGGCCGCGAAAAUGUCACAGCUCUGAUUGAUUUCUUCCAGGAAAGAGGAUUGAGCAUUCUUGAUUUGGUUGUUCUCUCAGGUUCACACACAAUUGGAAGGAGCAGUUGCUAUUCAUUCAUGCACAGACUCGCUAACUAUAAGGGAACUGGCAGGCCUGAUCCUACCCUUGACAGACAAUACUUGAGGAACUUGACAGGAAGUUGCAAAUGGAGUUCUAACUUGGUCAAUCUAGAUAUAACAACUCCAAAGACUUUUGACGUGGAGUACUACAACAACCUUGGCAAGAAAAAGGGGUUGUUGUCAACAGAUCAAGAACUCUACUCGGAUCCAAGAACUGCGCCAUUCGUUUCAGCAUUCACAGAUCAGCAGCCUGACCUUUUCUUUAAUCAGUUUGCAGCGUCAAUGGUGAAUCUUGGAAACAUUCUUGUCUAUACUGCUCCGAAUGAAAGCGAAAUCAGACUGGACUGUAAUUAUGUUAAUCCCGCACCUAGCAAAAAGGGCAAUCCACCACGACGCGGUUAAGUAAAUCUGCUACGGAUCAAUGUCUGUCCAGCUCGGCGCAGUUACAACCCUUGAUGGAUGUCCAUUCCAUUGUGGUUUUUCCAUGACAUUUUGUUCUUAUUUCUUGACAAUUAAUGAUUCUGGUUUUAUUUAAAUAAACUUAUACUCGGCCUUGUUUGUCUCGCAUCUUGAAGUAGUAGUGUAUAUGAUGAUCGAUAAUUAUCUUAAUUAUAUUUCGAUCAAUAAUUAUUCUCA